AUGGAGGCAUUUGUAGAUGGAUUUAUAAAUGGUCAACAUCAUCAUAGGCCAAGGCAAAGUGAGUUGCCAAUUAUUAUGAUCCACCCAUAUGACAUUGUGGAGGAUUACUCGAAGACAAGUCAUGUUGCUUCCAUUAACGUACUUAAUGAAGACAUCAAGCAGUAUGUUGAAGCCAUUAAGUCAAUUUUCAGCUCGAUGGAAGAUGGAGUGAUAACUCCAUCGGCUUAUGAUGCAGCUUGGAUCGCACGUAUUGAAAGUGUCGAUGGUGGUCCUCAGUUCCCAUCAUGUCUAGAAUGGGUCGUAAACCAUCAACUUUCGGAUGGCUCGUGGGGUGACCCUUUGAUGUUUUCGGCUUAUGACAGACUCAUCAAUACAUUGGCAUGCGUGGUCGCACUAACUACUUGGAAGAUUCACCCGGAUAAAUGCCAAAAAGGGAUUAAAUUUGUUAACGAGAACAUGAACAAGCUUGAAGAUGAGAAGGAUGAACACAUGAUGAUUGGUUUUGAAAUAGUCUUCCCUCUGCUUAUUGAACUUGCAAGAAAACUAGAGAUUGAAAUACCGGAUUCCCCCAUCCUGAAAAAAUUCUACGCUAUACGUGACCUAAAGCUUGCAAAGAUACCAAAGGACAAAUUACACAACACUCCAACAAGCUUGCUUUAUAGCUUGGAAGGGAUGAAAGAUUUGGAAUGGGAAAAGCUUCUAAAACUUAGAUGUGAAAACGGAUCGUUCUUCUUCUCUCCAGCAGCAACUGCUUAUGCAUUCAUGCAGACUAAAGAUCAGAAAUGUCUCGCAUAUUUGACCAAUCUUGUUACUAAAUUCAAUGGAGAAGUCCCACAUACGUACCCUGUCGACAUGUUUGAACAUAUCUGGAUCAUUGAUCGUCUGCAACGCCUAGGAAUUUCUCGUUAUUUUGGUUCUGAGAUCAAGGCCUGUGCUGACUACAUAUACAGAUACUGGGAUGAGCAAGGUAUUGGGUUUGGAAGAAACACGAAUGUACCAGACAUCGACGACACUGCUAUGGGUUUUCGAGUUUUAAGAGCUAACGGUUAUCAAAUUUCUCCAGAUGUGUUUCUUCCCUUUGAGAAAGACGGGCAUUUUUUGUGUUUUCCCGAGCAAGUUACACAAGCUGUGACAGGGAUGUUCAAUCUUUAUAGAGCUUCGCAGAUGAGUUUUCCCGGUGAGAAAAUCCUCGUUGAUGCCCGCAAAUUCUCUCAUAAAUUCUUGACUGCAAAACAAUCAACCAAUGAACUUUUUGACAAAUGGAUCAUCACCAAGGACUUGCCUGGCGAGAUUGGAUACGCGCUUGAUGUGCCCUGGUAUGCAAGUUUACCUCGACUAGAGGCAAGAUAUUACUUGGAGCAAUAUGGGGGUGAUGAUGACGUUUGGAUAGGAAAAACCCUUUAUAGGAUGGGAAAUGUGAGCAACCAUCAAUAUCUUGAGAUGGCCAAAUUGGACUACAAUCACUGCCAAAUGAUUCAUCACACAGAAUGGAGCUAUAUCCAAAAAUGGUACGCACAGCUAAGCAUCGAAGAGAACCUAAAUGCAAGUCCUCUAUGGUCAUACUAUGCGGCAGCUGCAAGCAUAUUCGAGCCAGAAAGAUGCAAUGAGCGACUCGCAUGGACCAAAACCAGUAUUCUACUCAACAUCGUCACCUCUUACUUUAUUAGUUCCAAAUUCACGGAAGAGGACAUGGAAGCGUUUGUAGAUGGAUUCAUAAAUGUUCAACAUCAUCAUAGAGAUGGAAAUCGAUGGCAUAUGGUGUUGAAAGUGCUCAAUGAAACCCUCAACGAGAUCUCCUCCGAAGCAUGGAUCACUCAUGGUGUAGACAUCCGCCCAAACCUCCAUCAUGCCUGGACGGUGUGGUUGUUGGAAUGGCAAAAAGGAAUGGAUGCAGUCAAAGGAGAAGCGGAACUCAUAGUUAGAACGAUAUGUAUGAGCAACAGCCGAUGGGUAUCAGAGGAGACAUUAUCCGAUCCUCAAUACCUGCAUAUAUCUUCUGUCACAAAUGACCUUUGUCAUCAAAUAUCUCAUAAGGAGAGCUGCACCACAGGCUUUGAGAUCGACGCCAAAAUGCAACAACUUGUGCAGCUUGUGUUUAAUCACUCAUCUGGCGAUCUUCACCCUGAUUUGAAGCAGGUGUUUCUGAUGGUAGCCAAAGCAUACUAUUACAAGACCUACUUUGAUCCUGAAACCAUAAACCACCACAUCAACAAAGUACUAUUUGAAACUGUAAUUUAAUAAUCAUGAUCUCAAUGAACUUAAAUAUACUUGUUAUUUGAGGAAUGAUAAAUCUACAACAUUAUUUAGACAUCUACAACAAUACAUGUUUCAUAUAGUUGUACACUGUGCAGCAUAAUAUGUACGGUUGUUGUAGAUGGCUCCAA